AUGCGAAGUCAUGCUCGCAUGUGUUCGUCUCGAGGACCAGCACUGAGAGCAGAUGAACCUCAGAGCUCAUCAUCCAGCUGGGGUCAUCGGAAGUCAAAUCUGCAGCUGGCUUCCUUUCACAUCUCUCGCUUUCUCUCUCUCUCUCUCUCUCUCUCUCUCUCUCUCUCUCUCUCUCUCUCUCUUCCUCCUCUGAGAGUCUAUCUUUCUGAAUAUCUCUCUGAGACUGUCUCUCUGAAUUGCUCUGUCAGAUCACAUUCUCUCUCACUCUCUGUAAAUCUCUCUCUCUCUCUCUCUCUCUCUCUCUCUCUCUCUCUCUCUCUCUCUCUCUCUCUCUUUCGAAACUCUUUCUAUCUCAGUGAAUCUCUCUUUCUCCGAAUCUCUCUCUGUCUCUCUCUGUCUCUCUCUCAUUCUCUCUCAUGUACUUCUCUCUCUCUCACUCUCUCUCUCUCCUUCUUUCUCUCUCUCUGA